AUGCUCAGCUGGAAACUAUUGGGGAUCUUGGUCCUUUGCCUGUGCUCCCAAGGCAUCUUAGGCAAUGAGGACCAUCCUUCUCCCCCACCCACAGCGACCCAUGAGGAGGAGGGCUCUCCAACAUGGCCUCAGGGCCCCCCAAUCCCAGGUGACCCCUGGCCAGGGGCACCCCCUAUUUUUGAGGACCCUCCACCUCCAGGUCACAAUCGUCCCUGGAGAGACCUGCCUGACACUGGAGUCUGGCCCCCUGAGCCCCCCACAACGGAUCCCCCUCAACCUCCCCGGCCUGAUGAUCCCUGGCCAGCAGGACCCCAGCCUCCAGAAAACCCCUGGCCACCUGCCCCUGAGGUGGACCACAGGUCUCAAGAGGAGCCAGACCUUGACCCACCCCGAGAAGAGUACAGAUAG